UGAACUUUCGUGGGUGGGUGGGAGAGAAAACCUAACAGAAGGAGGGCGUGGCUGCUCUCUGCAAUUAACUCUGCACAAAGGUCACUGUCUGAGCUGGUACAUGUAUACAGAAAUAUAGCUAAACUGCUUCAAGAUGUUCACUGCUCGGUUGUUUGCUGCACUCACUGUCUCCCUGCUGCUCAGCCCGUCUUAUGGACACUACCUCAGUCCCUAUGACUUUCUACAGUACGACAUAGCCACCAUCAAACUAGAUGCAAGUGUGACAGUGUCUGUGAGUCCAUCAGCUCUGGAGAAGUCUGGAUCAUGGGUGAACGUCUCUUGGGAGGGUGUGGCUAGUCCCUCAGAUGAUGACUGGGUGGGAGUGUACUCUCCCCCAGUAGGAGGGUCCAUUGACCCGGUCAAACACGCACCAGUCAAGUUCCAGUAUGCUAACUUUAACAAGAGUCACAUGACCAGUGGAUCGGGGAGCCUGCGUUUUCGAUUGGUCAAUAUGAGAGAUGAUAUCAUCAUGGGGUUCUUCACAGGAGGGUUUGAGAAGCCAGUGUUGGUGGCCGUGAGCAACCUAGUCAGCUUCAAGAACUUCAAUGAACCGUUGCAAGGACACCUGGCAUUUGCUGGAGACCCCACACAGAUGAUCGUGGUGUGGGUUACCAAGGACUCGGCCCAGCCUGAGGUCGUGUGGGGCAUGGCGAGCGGACAGUACACAUACCAUGCUAAGGCUGUCAGCUCUAUGUACACAGACAAGGACAUGUGUGGAGGUCCAGCCACUGGCGUUGGCUAUAGAGACGCAGGCACUCUCCACCAAGCCACAAUGAACAACUUGAGCCCUGGGCAAAUAUAUUACUACAAAUAUGGAGAUGCUAGUGAUGCUAGUUCUAGCUGGAGUGAAGAGGCGUCCUUCAGAGCAGCCUUGCCAGCUGGACCUGAUCAGACAGUCCGAGUCAUUGCUUACGGAGAUAUGGGUAAUGGUCAACCUGACGACAGCCGGCAGACGGUGACUGGUCAGCAGCCUGCCCUCAACACUACCAAGCUUGUCCUGGGGCAGUUGGAUCGCACUGACCUCGUACUGCACAUUGGUGACAUCAGCUAUGCCAGAGGAUAUGCCAGUGUUUGGGACGAAUUCUUUGACCAGAUACAGGCGGUGGCCACUCGAGUGCCUUAUAUGGUCUGUAUUGGUAAUCAUGAGAGGGACUUCCCCCAAUCAAAAUCGUACUAUGAUGGCACUGACUCGGGGGGAGAGUGUGGGGUGCCUCACGAGAGACGGUUCCCCAUGCCACGCCCUUCUCUCGAUGAAGCUUGGUAUGAGUUUGAUUAUGGUCCAGUUCACUUCUUCCUCAUGAGCACUGAGCACAACUUCACAGUGGGAUCACCACAGUACAACUAUAUGAAGGCUCGCCUCAGUAUGGUGGACAGGAGCAAGACGCCAUGGUUGGUCUUUGCUGGGCAUAGACCAAUGUACAUUGACAGCACUAAUGACUCUCCCAAGUCUGGAGACCUACCAGUGUCUGAGCUGCUCAGAGCCACAGUGGAACCACUACUGAAGGAGAGCAAGGUGGACCUAGCAAUGUGGGGUCAUCAUCAUUCGUACCAGCGAACAUGCCCUGUGUUCAACUCUGUGUGUACUGAGGGUGCCACCACUCAUGUUGUCAUAGGAAUGGGAGGACAGGGACUCUCAAAGAACAUCCAUCUCAUCAAACCAGCCUACAUGGAAGUGGUUGAUGUCGAUCACUGGGGCUACUCUUGGUUCAGUGCCAACGCUACUACUCUCCUCUUCCAGUUUGUGAGGGACAGUGACGGUAAGAUCCACGAUCAACUUGUACUGCACAAGAACUGAGACCAACCACUUAUGAUGCAUAGCUCCACUUAUGAUUGAAUGUUUAAUUUAAGUUUCCUUUUGCCCGUUUAUAAUGACAUGAUUAAUGACAUUAAUUGAAACCA